CAACAGUUUGGCUCUGUGUACCACUUUGGAUAGCCCUCCUCCCUCGCGUGAGACUCUCGAGGGCUUCUCGACACUGGCCUGCCCCCUCUCGUCCCGUGUCCCAUGGCGGUGCAGGGCGCAGGGGCAGGGCUCUCCGGGACGCGGAUUCUGCGUGUCAAAUAACAACGAAACGCUACGAUCAGGCGUCGAGACCCUUACAGAGCAAAUUCAUAUCUACUCUCGAAAUUGCCCCGAGAUUCACGCCACCACGGGGAGUUCCGCUGGCUCGGACUGUAACGUAGCCUAUAUGGAUGUAAGCAGAAAAACUUUUGAGUGGAUGAGAGUGAAGAGGAAUCAGCACCGGCCGGCCAGGAUGCACAUGACCUGUGGGUUCAGUAUUGUCGACUCGGGCCCCGGUGCUGUAGAGGCUGGGAGCAGCAGCAUCUACACGGGCCAUCCCACGGUGAACGGGGCCUCAAGGACCAGCUUCAACACUAAGCAGCUGACCGAGCUGGAGAAGGAGUUCCACUUCAACAAGUACCUGACGCGGGCCAGGCGGGUGGAGGUGGCCAGCGCCCUGCGGCUCAGCGAGACGCAGGUGAAAGUUUGGUUUCAGAACAGACGCAUGAAGCAGAAGAAAUUACAAAGAGACGGGCUGCUCUGCGACCCGAUGCCCGCGGCACUGCUCUCACACGCCGACACUUUGGACACCUGCCCCUCUCCUUGACCGACCUCGCCAAAACACCUGCCCCUGAACUCCUGAACCGCACGAGCUGCAUCACGCGUUACACAUGCAAGGGCGCCUGCCUGCAGAUGUUUUGAUGCCCGUUUGCAUCGCUUUCAAUUAGGCAUCACCUUUAUUUGCUUACCACGAUGGAUGCUUGUCGCAAGAAGCGCAAUGCCAAGUUUCUUCAUGCAAGAACGUGUCAAAACAAUUUGUCAUCCUCUCCGGGCUUCAGACUGGCGCUCUGAUUUGAAUAUUAAAAUCCAAGUCACUGCAUCGCGCUCCUUAUCUACACAAUGUAAACAAGGAAACAAAAUUAAAUUAAUUGUCCAUAGAAACUGUGGCAGACUAUUUGUUUUUUUAUUUUGUGCAAUUUAUCCAGGAACUGACUUUACUUACAUAUGUAUUCAACAGGACACGUGCCUCCUAGUUUUGUUUAAAAUAGUUAUUUAUUUAUUAAAAGUCUUAAAAUUGAAAUUGUUUAUUCUAGUGACAGAAAGAAAAUACAUAAUUAGUGGCCUAAAUUUGACUAAUUAUUCCAACAGAUUAAAAUAUUGCUUUCUCAACCAAUUCAAGAUUUCAGCAGAUUUCUUUUAUAUUUCUUAAAAAAGCUGUUUGUCUCUGACACAUUUGAGGAAAGAUGUACCUGUCAAAUCACAUCUUUAACAUGUUAGGAGAUAAUUAACCUGCCAGGCUAAUGUAGCAGAAGUUUAAUGCUGUAAUGUUGUGUAUUUUGUCCGGUUUUAAGGUGUUCAUCCACGGAUUAAAAUGCCAUAAUUGACUGAUAGAUUUAUUGACUGCUCGCAUUACGAGUAUUGAUCCGUGGUGAUCCAUCUAUUUGAGGCACAAAUCUAGGAGCAUUUGCGUGCGUCUGUAACUGCAUGUUAAUGGAAUGUGGAAACAUCACGAUCGGGAGUUGUUGCGUCUUUUAUUACCUCUAUAUACGCAUUAGAAAAUGUCAAUUUAGCUUGAACACUCAUGCGGGAGAGCAGACAAUAAAACGCUGUCUUCGCUGUUUUGCAGAUCAACCAAUAAAUUGUUUGGCCCCAGCAGCUCGAGCUGCUAAAUAUUCCUUCUAGAUUCACAUCUCAUCUCAUAUCAAGUAAAUGAUUGUAAACUCGGCCCUUCAUGACAAUGCGUUUCUGUCAUGUUAAUGUUUAUUCUAAUAUCAAGAUAUGAGACCAAUGGCCACAUUCAUUCUAUGUAAGGGCUUGUUUUUGUUUAGCUUUAAUUAGCGGUUAUUGCACUGAAGGUUAGUAGAUGGAAAGCGGAUGUUAAUGACAACAAAGGAAUUAAACUAAAGUAGGUGCGUUUUACACCUUUAACAGGUGUCCUCAUUGGAAGUUGGCUUUUAAAUGAAAUACCCCACUAAUACAAUGAGUAUUAGACAGUUGCACCCGCAGGAGUGGCCAUGAAGUAAAUGUAUGCAGUUACACCGGAGUUCACCUCUAACCUCGGGGCAGCGAUGACCCGGUCAGCAGCUCCGAGAAAGAUGCACCAUUCAUUUGGGUGACCUCGAAGUCUGAUCUCUCUCUCUCUCUCUCUCUCUCUCUCUCUCUCUCUCUCUCUCUCUCUCAGAGAGAAAGAAAGAAAGACAGCUGAGUGAGAGCUUUCUUUCUUUCUUUUUUCUUUCUUUCAUUUUAUCUUUUCCCCCAGCAUCUCAGAACGCUUUGUUCAGGUCUCCAUGUCCACCCAAUAAUAUUUCAUCCAGCUAAAUAGAGGGGCGACUAGGCCAUAUAAUAAUUGUUCAUAUUAUAAUUCCAUACUAGGCCACAUAAAGCUCUCCCCACCCCCCCACACACACAUACCUAGAGCUAAGCUAAUUUUUGCCCUAUCUCUUAUUUUAAUAAGCCAAAAAAUAUGCUCCUGGCUCCACUUUAUAAACUGGAUGAAAGAGUCUUUUCACCCAAUGUGUUUUUGGAUAUAAACUACAUACCUAUUUUUAAUAGCAAAGUUGAAAAAUUAAAGUUACUUGAGCAUGCUGAACACUUAAUACGAUUCCAUGCCAGUAUAAACAAAAUUUAGAACAAUUAUUUAUAACAUGCAGGCUGCUUAUAUUUCAUAAGUAUCUGCUUGAAUAAUUUUUGAAGAAUUUACACAUUAAUCCCCUCCAAACAACAUCUUGUUUCAUAAGGUUCAUCUCAUUAAUAUUAACUGAAAGCUAGAAAGGAAUGAAAAUUCAAACUUCAAGGUCUGCAGAGGAGCUUUUGACAGUGCAAACAAUUGAAAGUUUUAUUUGUAAUUGCUACAAAUGAUUUUACAUGGAAGUUAGACUAAAAAUGUGUUGAGCCCAAUUUUUUUGAAAUUUGCAUUUAAACAAAAUACACACCAUUAAGGUUGCCUUCUCUAAACAAAAUAGCACAAAGUGGAAUGUUUAACAAAACCUUCAAAUGUGUCCAUCUUUUUUUAAUGCAAAUGAGUGUGCACUUGUGAAGGUUAUGAGGACGAGGAGGAGGUCAAUAAUGUUGAAACAAUUUGAUGAUAAAACUUGUGAAUGAAAAAUUGGUCCCCCAUGUCCACUGCUCCUACUGAGCAGUGUGUUAGGUUGACCUUAUUAGAAACUCUUCUAUCAUCUUGUGCAAAUGUGUUCCCUUUCCACAAGGCUUCAAGUUACAGGUUGUAAUGUGCACAGAGGAUGCUUGCAGCAGGUAUAAACUCCGACUCUGUUUUAAAUCCAAACUUACUUCAUCCCAGUUUCUACUGUAUGAUAGACUCACUAAGAAUUGUGCACUGAUUUAAAAUAGUAGAGAAAAUGUGUGGAGGAAAAAAACUCAAUGUGAGUUAUAGGGAUGAGGUGAAGGUGAAAAGAAGAGUUGAUUUGUUUUGGGUGAACUAUCACUUUAAUUUCAUUCCGUGGCAGCUUCAGCAUUUGCCUCUCAAUUGAUGAAAGGCGAACCACAUUGUUUGUUCAGACCUGACAUUUAGUUCGAAAGCAUUUGAGUGUGACUCUACUCUGAUGAAUUUGUGCUCUUCUGUAAUUCCUUCCUGGAGAUAUACGAUUGGUUCACGAGACUGACAGCUGUGCUUCGUUUCUACAUGAGCAAACACAUGGUAAAUGGAAAGAAAAUAAAACCAAAAUAACUCAGCUGAAAAUGUAUUACUGCCACAGGUUGUAAAAGUGAUGACAUUAAACAAGUUGGACUUUCCUUCCCUUUAUUUUUCUUUUCCCUUCCUGUGCAGCAAUAAUUUCUUCAUUGAAAUUCAUUCCAAAAUCUGCUUUACGUAACUAAUUUAUCCAAAAUCAAUAAGAAACAUUUUCAUAAUGAAGUAUAAUAGAUUCAUUGUGCAUUACUAAUGUAAAAAUACCUACAUUAUUUGUAAAAGUUUAGUAAUUAUUUUUUAAUAAAACACUGUAAUUGAGAUAUCAAACUUAUACAUAGUUCAUCAUGAAUGAGGCUAUUGACCAUCUUCUGUAUUGUCUUCUAUUGUAAAUUACAAUGUAACUCAGAUUUAGUUGUAAUCCAACUUUUAGUAGUUACUCCUUAUUCUGUCAUGUUUUGUUAAAAACGAAAUUCAUCACUGAAUCACAUUAGUUGUUUAUAAUAAUCAGUUUAAGGAUACAGUGCACAGAUUACAUAAAGCAGAGAAAACUAAGGAUUUUAAGUUUCUGUAUGGGAGGGACCAAGUCAUUUGAACUGUUCUGAGCUGGAAGGAAAGCAAAGGCUCAUGGGAAAAUACACAUGUUCUGACCGGUUUCUGUCCUGGUUAAAGUGUGUUUUAAUAAUGUUCUGUUAAUAUUUUGAGUGUGCAUUUAUGUUAUCUGGGUUUUAGUUUUGUAUGGCUGAUUUAGUGUUCAUGUUUAUCUACAUUUCCUGUUGCAACAUGACCGAGACCUGGGUGGCGACUGAUAAGGUCUGAUAUUGGCACACAUACAGAUUGUUACCUGGCACUCCAUUUAAGUAAU